GCAGUUGUGCAUCUCUAAUUCCCAAGCGCACGUUUGUCAAAACAGAACAUUUGAUUGCUGUCGAGGAUUAGCAUUAAUUCAAGAUGUCCUCGUGGAAGAAUGCGUCGAAAAGCAACCAGAAGGUGCACAGGGAGCGCCACCAGCCGGAGGCGCGCCAGCACCUGGGAUUCCUGGAGAAGAAAAAGGACUACAAGAAGCGAGCCAUCGACGCACAGAAAAAGCAGAAGACCCUGAAGCUAUUGUACCGCCGGGCGCAGAACAAGAAUCCCGAUGAGUUCUACCACCACAUGAUCAACUCCAAGCUGUCCAACGAUGAGCACCACGAGAAGGACAAGAAGGACGAGCACACGCCGGAGCAACUGGCGCUCAUGCAGACGCAGGACCUCAAGUACGUGGUGAUGAAGCGCACCAUGGAGCGCAAGAAGAUCAAACGCCUGAAGGCCUCGCUGGUGGACGUGGAUGCCAUAGCGGGAGCAGAAAACAAACGUAUCACCUUUGACAAAGACGGAUACACAGAUUUGGACCUGCGCAACUGGAUCUUAAAGGAUGAGGAGGAGGAGGAGGAGGAGAAGAAGAAGAAAUCGAAACCAACUGAUCCAAACCCCUUCAAACAGCAGCGCAUCAACGAGCUGAAGAAACGCGAGCAGCGUGAAAGGGAACUCGCCAUCGUCCAGGAGAAGAUUCAGCUGCAGAACGCCCUCAAGCAGCCACGUCUUCUGAAGCCGAAGAAAAUUAAGGCCGGAACCAAGGACGGUGCGCCCGUCUACAAGUUCCGCUACGAACGCAAGAAAUAGGAUGGUCUUGUUCCCCUUUAGUUAAUAAAGCAUUUAAGUGUUAGUUGAAGACUUUUGACAAAA